AUAAUUUAAAAGUGGUGUGAUUUGACAAAUAGAAAGUCAUUUAACAAAUAUGAUAUGGAACUUGUUAAAAAUUGUAAAAAUCAAAAAUAAUAUUGAAUUCGACAACAUUUGUGUAAGACGACCCUCGAUAAUGCCACCAAGAAAACGUAAACGCAAGGAUUCUUCUACCAGCAGGAAGCCACCCCUUAUAUUUACAGAAAGUCCGAUAAACAAACGCCACAACCUCCCUAGUCCAGUCUUUAGUGCAGACUUUCCUAUUCAAGCUAGUGUUGUACACAUAGAUGACAAUCUUCAGAUUCCAUGGGUUUCACCUCAGUUCCGUGGGAAAGCAUUAACAAUGGAGCAUGGUAUGUCUAAGAGGACAAGACGAUCCCGGAAACCUUCAGGGCCAGGCCCAGUAACCAGAAAGAGAAACAACUCAAAGGAAAACCUUACCAGCAAGCCAAGGCCUCUACCUAAAGGAAUGAUACCUUUAGCUUUUAUUGAUAAUCCAAAAUCCCUCGAAACGAUUUCCAUCAUCGAAGAUGUAUCGAUCGAGGAUUGUGAUAGCGAGAAAACACAAACUCCAAAGACUAAAUCUGGCGCAAAUGGGAUUCAUAUGUCUCGUUAUAUAUCCCCAAAUGGAAAUAUUAUACCUUGUAUUGGAGCAAGGGUAACUCGUUCAAAAACUAACAAAAUAUGUCCAGUUAAUGCGAAGAGCAAUAAUGAGGAGAAUGUUAUUCAAAAUGAUGGAGAUAUCAGCACUGAAGAUAUUGAAAGUGAUACUGCAGAUGAAAUCGAUACCAAUAAAACCAAAAAACCUUGGGCUUUAAGACACAAUAAAUCUAAACCAACCACACCAUCUUUAUCCCAGCUCAUUCGUACACCUCCUUAUAUGGGCAUAUAUACAAAAACUAAACCCAGAAAUGUUCAAGGUGAAAUUGAAAUCACUGAUAAACCACCUUUUAGUGAUGAUAGUAUAGAGGACAUUGAGGUGACCACUCAUACUACUGAUACAGACAGUUCUCCAUUAUUUAUGACGCAAAAACGCCCAAAAAGAAGAACUAAACAAGGCAAACGUUUAUUCCAAAAUUCAAGAUCAGAAUUGUCUAGUAAUGACUCUUCAAUAGAAAAUAAGGAUUCAGAUGCUGAUCUUCCCAAUAUCAGAUCUAAAAAGAAAACAUUAACUUUGAGAAAGAUAAGCUUUAUAAAUAAUUCAACAAAUGAAAUUCAUAAUCAGUCGAUCACAGAUAUCGAAACAGACAGUGAUGGUUUAACUCCAAGGCGUAGAUCUUUACGAUUGCGUCGUAAAUAUUUGCAAUUAUUUUCAAAGGUGAUUGGCUCUCCUCAUACCCCUAGUCAACGUCCAUACAGCAAUAUUCUUGCCCAUGACACCCCAGAAAUACAUUAUGGAUUGUCUUAUCGGGAAAAGCAACUUUUGGGAUUGAUUGACAUUUGAUAUUUAGGUUAUCUCUAAAUUCCUACACAUCUAAAAAUAGUAGUGAAUCUUCCAAGUAUUAAUUAAAGUGACCCAACCUCUUAAUUUAAUAAUUUACACUUUCUUAUAAAUGAACUCUGAUACAAAUAUUAUCUUCUAAAAAAACAUACUAAAGGGCACAAAUAAACUGUCUUGAUAUGGUUGCUAUAACAAAUUGAGCUAUUAACAAAA